AUGGCAUGGCCGUCGGAUCACGAUGAAAUCGUCGAAGAAGCGAAACACAGUCAGAAGCGAAGGGGAAGAGCAACACCGAACGACGGGGAUGAUGAGGACGAGGACGAAGGAGAAGAAGAAGACGUGGUAGGGGUUGGCGCUGGUUGGCCGCACGAACACGUUCUUCCGCCCUACACUGCCGCCGCCGCGGCGACGACCGCGCGCUCGCCACAUUCCAGCGGCUGCGUCUCCGCCGCGUAG